GUUUACGCGCGCGCUGCACGCUGGGAAGCCCUUUCUCUACGAGGCCAUCUUGGUGUGAUCAGGAGGUUGGCCAGAUCGGACUAAUCGGGAAAAAUGGUGGCCGCGAAGAAGACGAAAAAGUCCCUGGAGUCCAUCAACUCCAGACUGCAGCUUGUGAUGAAGAGCGGUAAAUAUGUUCUCGGAUACAAGCAGUCUCAGAAAAUGAUUCGCCAAGGAAAAGCCAAGCUGGUAAUCCUGGCCAACAACUGUCCUGCUCUGAGGAAAUCUGAGAUUGAGUACUACGCUAUGUUGGCCAAAACCGGAGUCCAUCAUUACAGCGGAAACAACAUUGAGCUCGGCACAGCCUGUGGCAAAUACUUCAGAGUGUGCACACUGGCCAUCAUUGACCCUGGUGUGUAUUCAUGCUUUCCAAGCUUUCUUGGUAAUGGAGCUGGUGUUGAGGGACCAGGUAAGGUUCUCCGCCAGGUGAACACCAAGGAAUUUGGUGUUCUUGACGAUCUCCACCAAGGAGCUUUUGAUGUUCAGCAGGGAGUGAUUGCACUGUGUCUUCCUGAAAUCCACAGCCAUCUCUUUUGUUUUGUCCACAAUCAGAGACAGACUGUUGGUUUUGCACCAGUCUGUUAA